AUGUCUUGGUGGACCUCUUUAACCACCAGCUUCAGGAAUUUUGGCAACAGAGUGGGAGCCCUAUUCGAACGAAAAAAACGCGACGCAUCCGACGAGGCCGAAGCUGUGGGCAGCAAAGUUGAGGAUGUAGCUGAAGAAGCCGUACAAAAAACUGGUGAAAUUAUUAACCAAACCAAACAAAAUAUAGCUCAUGACGCACAAAAAGCAGGUCAAACAAUCGACAACAAGCUUCACGAAGCUGGUCAAAACAUCAACGCAACGGCCAAGAAUGUCAAUCAAGCUGCUGAAGCGAAAAAAAAGGAGUUGGAGAAAGGCGCGCAAGAUUUGGGGAGAUCGAUCGACAACAAACUCAAAGAAACCGGCGAAGCUAUCGAUAGAACCGCCCAGAACGCAGCUGACGCGGCUGCGGCAAAGUUGAAGGAAACGGCCGAUGCUGCUGAAGCUAAGAGGAGAGAAGCUGCGCAGGGUGUGCACAACUUUGGGGCCGCCAUCAACGACAAGACCCGCGAAGCUGCCGAAGCGGCCGAAGCUCAGAGACAAGCCGCGGCCAAGGGAUUGCACGAUUUCGGUCAGAACUUGAACAAGAGCAUCCACGAUGCCGGUGAAGCUAUCGACAACAAAGCCAGGGAAGCUGCUAAUGCAGCCGAAGCUAAAAGACAAGCCGCAGCUGAAGGAUUACACAAUUUCGGACAAAAUGUCAACCAAGGGCUUCAUACGGUCGGCGAUAAGGCUAGCGAAGCUGCCAAAGCUGUCGAAGCUCAAAGGCAAGCCGCAGCUCAAGGAUUAUCAAACUUUGGACAAAACGUCAACCAAGGCUUGUACAACGCCAAAGAGAACAUCAACCAAGGUCUUCACAGUGCCGGCGAAGCUAUGAGCGACAAGGCCCGUGAAGCUGCCAACGCCGCUGAAGCUCAGAAGCAAGCAGCUGCUCAAGGUUUACAUAACUUCGGCCAAAGUGUUAACCAAGGUCUGCACAAUGCUGGCGACGAUAUUAGCGAUAAGGCACGUGAAGCUGCCGAUGCAGCUGAAGCUAAAAGACAAGCCGCAGCUCAAGGUUUGUCAAACUUCGGUCAAAAUGUCAACCAAGGUCUCCACAAUGCCGGCGACGCUUUGAGCGAGAAAGCCAGUGAAGCUGCCAAGGCAGCUGAAGCUAAAAGGCAAGCUGCGGCGGAGGGAUUACACAACUUUGGUCAAGGUAUUCACAACGUCGGUGAGGCUAUGAGCGAGAAGGCGCGUGAAGCUGCGGACGCAGCUGAAGCUAAAAGACAGGCUGCAGCUGAGGGUUUGUCAAACUUUGGACAAAAUAUCAACCAAGGAUUAUAUAACGCUAGAGAAAACCUUAGCGAGAAAGCCAGUGAAGCUGCGAAGGCUGCUGAAGCUAAAAGGCAAGCUGCGGCCGAAGGAUUGCACAACCUUGGACAGAAUGUAAGUCAAGGUUUAAGCAAUGCCAAGGAAAAUAUCAACCAGGGACUAUAUAAUGCUAAAGAAAACCUUAGCGAGAAAGCCAGUGAAGCUGCGAAGGCUGCUGAAGCUAAAAGAAUCGCAGCUGCAGAGGGCUUACAUAACUUUGGACAAAAUGUUAGCCAAGGAUUAAACAACGCCAAGGAAAACGUCAAUCAAGGUCUCCACAGUGCCGGGGAAGCUUUGAGUGAGAAAGCCAGUGAAGCUGCAAAGGCUGCUGAAGCUAAAAGGCAAGCUGCGGCUGAAGGGCUACAUAACUUUGGACAAAACGUCAACCAAGGUCUCCACAGUGCCGGGGAAGCUUUGAGUGAGAAAGCCAGUGAAGCUGCAAAGGCUGCUGAAGCUCAAAGACAAGCUGCCGCCCAGGGAUUGCAGAACAUUGGUCAAUCUAUCAACCAGAAGGCGCAGGAAACCAGCCAAGCAGUCGAAAGCGGUAAAGCGGCGAAUACCGGUAAACUCCAGGACACUGGAAGCUACAUUACGAAAAAAUCCAGCGAACUAAAUCAUGGCUUGUUGGAGGCCGAAAAGGCGGCAGAAGAAAAAAUCAGGGGGACCAGUCAGUCAAUAGGGAGUGCAAUCGAUAGUGGUCUUCAUGAAGCCGGCGAUUUUUUGUCGGGGGCUACAAAUAGCCUUUUAAAAGGUCUUGAUAACACCAACAAAAAGGCUCAUGAAGAAAUUGACGAGUCUAGCCAGGUUGCAGCUAACCUAUUUUCCAAGGGUUUAAUGCACAAAUAA